AUGGCAUCUUCCCCGGUCCUGACUCCGCACAAUCCACUCCUCGACACUGUCCGGUGUCAGUCCUACGAGAAGCCACAAACAUACAACAAGCUGCUCAACAGUUCUUAGUGUCUGUCAGUACCCUACAGACCGCUGACGAGCGAUUGCCUCAGCAUUUUCUAUUUCUUGUUAUCAAAAAUUUGCCAGAACGUUGCCAAUUAAGGAGGAAUGGAUUGCAUACCCCCCGUUUAAUGUCUGUGAAGAAAUUAUUCAAUGGUGGAAUAGCAACCAGAGCUACAGUUCAUUCAAUUCCAAUCCUGAUCUAUUGCCUGCAACGAUGUCGUUGUCUGUGUCAACCAACCCCACGGCGAGGGAUCGGAGUUACCAUUUAGAACCUGUUAAAAGCAAUCCUGGCAGAGUAUCCAGUUACUACCCAAGUACGGUGCCCAACUCGCAGUUCAUGGAUGUGUUCAGGAGCGCACAGAGUAUCUUCCAUCCUCUCAAGUCCCUCGGACGGCUGGUCACGGACACUCAAGCAGUUAUGCCUUUCAGCUUCAAUGGAGUCCCGUCCUUUUUCAAUCACAAUAGCCACCAGACAUCUGUCCUUCAAGAGCAAGUCUAUAACGUGUCAAGCAUUCCGUAUUUCAACAGAAUGCCGCCUACCCAACAUACCGUGUACUCCAAGCACGAGGAAGUAGUCACCAGAGCUGCCGGACGCAUAGCUGGAUCACUGUCGGAAUUCAGCAGUCCAUCGAGCGAGAAAUCGUCUUCUCCUUCGAAGGACAGUUUCUUCUAUCUGCGCAACUCCAAUUCAAUCAUUGAGAAAACGAACACUUUUUGUUUCAGUGAAGAAGAUCUCUUCACAGUUCUCUACGGUUAUUCUAAGAAGCAGGAGCAAAACACGGGCCAUGCCAUAUCUGGCUUGGUCUUCCCUGGAAACACAGUGCCUGAAAAUCACUUUCAGCUCCUGGAUACAGAAGCACUCGAACUACCUGAGGGAUUAUGUAUACUUCAGACAAAGUAUGGAGAUGUUCCGCACUAUGGGGUUUUUGCAAACAAAAGCGCCAUUCCAAAAGGGACAAGGUUUGGCCCUUUCCAAGGGAAGUUAGUGAAUACCAGCGAGAUCAAGACGUAUGAUGACAAUACAUUGAUGUGGGAGAUCUUUGAGAAUGGGCGCUUGAGUCACUUUGUGGACGGCAGGGGAUCUUCGGGGAACUGGAUGUCUCUCGUAAAGUGCGCCCGAUUUCCAGAGGAGCAGAACCUCAUAGCCAUUCAAAGCCAGAGUCAGAUCUUUUACGAGACCUGUAAGGAAAUUCGACCACAGCAAGAGCUGCUUGUCUGGUAUGGUGACUGUUAUGUGCAAUUUCUUGGAAUCCCACUGACACUGAAGGAAAUGAUCAACGAGCGAAACACACUUCUUUCAUCAGAAGAUUCAGAGGGUUUCAAAUGCGAUCGAUGCGGGAAGGUCUUCGCCUAUAAAUACUACAGAGAUAAACAUUUAAAAUACACACGGUGCGUGGAUCAGGGAGACAGGAAGUUCCCCUGUCAUCUUUGUGACCGGUCAUUCGAAAAGCGAGAUCGACUCAGGAUUCACAUUUUGCACGUUCACGAGAAACACAGGCCUCACAAGUGUUCUGUGUGUGGAAAAAGUUUCUCUCAGUCUUCCAGCCUGAACAAACACAUGCGCGUGCACUCAGGAGAGCGACCAUACAAGUGUGUUUACUGUAACAAGGCAUUCACGGCCUCAAGCAUCCUACGGACGCAUAUAAGGCAGCAUUCUGGUGAGAAGCCUUUCAAAUGCAAGCAUUGCGGGAAAGCCUUCGCCUCUCACGCUGCUCACGAUAGUCACGUGAGGCGAACCCAUGCCAAAGAGAAACCACACGCUUGUGAAGUAUGUGGAAAUGCAUUCCAGGAAGUACAAGAACUCAAAUAUCACAUGCAAAGUCAUAAAGCGGAGCGACCACUUUUAGAUGCUACCCUUCCGUCACCGAUUUCGCCAAAGCACUCUUCAGAAGAUGUUGAUUUGUUUUCCAUAAGCAAAGAAUGCUCUAGGACACUAAAUCAACUGGCUGAAAAUUACUCAUACACUGGACUUACUUCACUAAACCCAGAAUACCGACCGUGGAAUUAAUCGUGAGGACAAGACUGACCUCACAUUCAGUACGAUUAAAUCUGCUGCUACAGAUUUUUCUUCUUUUUUUUUUACAAAAAUAAAAUAGCUCGAUGUUCUUAUUUAAUAAUUGUUAAAAUAUAUAUAUUUAAUAUCUAAAACAUUUGUGCAAGAUGCAGUAAAUUGUUGCUUUGCCAAAACUAUUUAUUUGUGUUGAUGCGUGUCUAUUAAAUGUGUGAUGUAGCCUAAUGUUUUAUAUAUCUGUGUGUGGGUGAGAGGAGUGUGUCUGUAUUUAUGUCAGUUUCAUGCUUAGCUAAGAGCUACCUCUCUUACAUUUCUACGUGUACAAACAGUUUUCUCGUCAAUGUAGCGAUGAAAGCCUCUGGCCAUAAAAAUACAGAAAUAUAGUUUGAAUUACUUUACGCAGUACCCCCUUUUCUAUUUUUUUUUUUUCAAGUUUAAAGAAACAUGGAACCAAUUCCGUUUUGUCAAUAAAUGUUACGUGAAUAAAACUGAAUACACUGUGCUAAUUAAUUUACUGCCGUACAUUCAGAGUUCUACAUGUGUAUUGUAAACUUAGGCAACAAUAUUUUUCUCCAAGUAUGGCUUUGAGGUUUUUUUUUUUCUUUUCAUUUUUGUAUAUGUUUUUACGGAAUCGGAUCCCGGUCAUAUAAAAAAAGAUUCCAGGUGGUUGUUGCAUUUAAUUAAGCGGGAAUACCAACAAAUUGAUUUUAUUUAUCAUCACGGGUAUGCACCUUUAAGCAAACAUUUAUAAAAUGUAUGAACUUUGAAGUUCACCUUUACCAAGCUUUUUGUUCCCCUGACCAACCUAUUAAAAAGAUGCCAGAUUCUAUGCAAUUUAGGCCUACUGUUGUUGUUCAUGCCAUACAGUAUGUACAGUAUGUCUAUUCUGUAAAUGUUCGUGUAAAGUUGUUACCUACAGGCUGAAAAAGCAGUACAAGUGUUUGUGUGUGAAAGAUAAUGCUUAUUAAUAGAUAUAACUUAAAAAAUAAAACCA